CAUCUUACCCACCCGCCAAAAUCAAAUCCUCACCUCCUCCUCCUCUCUCUCUUUUCCCUCCUUUUUCUUCAAUGAAUCUACUGUUUCAUUCUCUAUUAUUUGCAAAUUCCAUUUUUUAUUUUUACUUUUCUGGGGGUCAUUGAUUGAUCUCUCUUUGUCUCAAUUUUUGCAGGUUCUGGCUGAGUUUCUUCUUUCUGGGUUGGUUGUUGCUUCUCAUCUUGAAUUUCAUUGAAAUUGAUGCUUCAGGGCACUGCUUUUGUGGAUAUAUUUGCUGGGAAGUUCUUCAAUUGGGGAGAAGGUAAAAGAAUAGAACAAAUUGAGUCUACCAUCUGUUUAAGGGUUUCUUGGAAAAACCUAAUCAAGUAAGUUUUGUGGGGAAUAAAUUGAAUUAUUAGUUUGGAUUAGUCAUGGCGAACAAUGAUUUGCUUCUUGGGAAUGAUCAUGAUUUAUCGCUUGGCCACAACCAACCACUGGGACUCAGGCAUAAUCACAAUUUGGUUCUCAGUCAUGAAUUGGUUUUGGGACAUGCACAUGAUGAUGAACUAGCCCUUGGCCAGAACCAUGAACAUGAAAUGGCUCUCCGGCAUGCUCAUGGCCACCACAAUCACGAGAAUGGGUUUGAUCGUGUGGAUGAGAAUGGAUUAGAUAUGUCCCAGAAUCAUGAUCCUGAUGUUGAUCAACACCAUAAUGAUGUUGAUAACCAUGAUAAUGAGUUGGGUCUUACUGUUCAGAAUCAUGCAUUGAGUUUGUCCGAGAAUCAUGAAUUGGCGCUUGUAGAGAACCAUGAUCUUGAUGAGAACAUAGAGCUGACUGUGAGCCAGAGUGGGGAAAUCAGUAUUGUGGAUGCCUCUGGUAUGACUGCUCAGCACUCUCAGCUACUGGUUUCUUCUCCUGUCCUUCAGUCCAGGACCGUAGUUCCAGCUCCUAACCAUGAACUGGUUGUUGGCCAGGAAUUUUCUGAUGUGCAGAGCUGUAGGAGGGCAUUGAGAGACACUGCCAUUGCUCUUCAUUUUGAGAUACAGACAGUUAAGUCUGACAAGACUCGUUUCACUGCCAAAUGUGCAAGUGAUGGAUGCCCUUGGCGAAUUCAUUGUGCAAAGCUUCCAGGUGUUCCCACCUUCACAAUCAGGACUAUCCAUGAAUCACAUACUUGUGGUGGAAUUACACAUCUCGGUCAUCAACAAGCUUCAGUACAGUGGGUCGCAAGUUCAGUUGAGCAAAGCCUGAAAGAAAACCCUCAUUAUAAACCAAAAGAGAUACUAGAAGAGAUUCAUCGAGUUCAUGGGAUUACCCUAUCAUACAAGCAAGCCUGGAGAGGAAAGGAGCGGAUCAUGGCUGCUGUUCGUGGGUCAUUUGAGGAAGGAUAUCGUCUUCUUCCACAGUACUGCGACCAAAUCAGACGGACCAAUCCUGAAAGUAUUGCAUUGGUUUAUGCAAAUCCUAUGGAUAGCUCUUUCCACCGCCUUUUUGUUUCAUUUCAAGCUUCAAUCUAUGGAUUUCUGAAUGCAUGCCGGCCCCUAAUUGGGCUCGACAGAACCCUUCUGAAAAGCAAAUACCUUGGGACAUUGCUUUUUGCCACUGGUUUUGAUGGAGAUGGUGCUCUAUUUCCUUUGGCAUUUGGGGUUGUUGAUGAAGAAAAUGAUGAUAACUGGAUGUGGUUCCUAUCUGAGCUGCACAACCUCCUUGAAAUUAAUACAGAGAACAUGCCAAGGCUUACAAUCUUGUCUGAUAGACAGAAGGUUAUUGUGGAAGGGGUCGAAGCUAAUUUUCCUACUGCUUUUCAUGGAUUCUGCAUGCGGCAUCUCAGCGACAGUUUCCGAAAAGAGUUCAACAAUACUCUGCUUGUUAACCUUCUUUGGGAAGCUGCCCAGGUUCUUACCGUAAUUGAAUUUGAAGCAAAAAUCCUUGAGAUUGAGGAGAUAUCCCAAGAAGCUGCUUACUGGAUUCGACGAAUCCCACCUCGCUUGUGGGCAACAGCAUAUUUUGAGGGAACCCGUUUUGGCCAUCUGACAGCAAAUGUAGUGGAAUCACUAAAUACAUGGAUACUCGAAGCAUCUGGGCUUCCAAUAAUUCAAAUGAUGGAGUGUAUUCGUCGGCAACUGAUGACUUGGUUCAAUGAACGACGUGAAACCAGCAUGCAAUGGACCAGCAUACUCGUUCCCUCAGCUGAAAGGCGUGUGUCAGAGGCUCUUGAGCGAGCGCGUACUUACCAGGUUCUCCGAGCCAAUGAAGCUGAAUUUGAGGUCAUAUCCCAUGAAGGAACGAAUAUAGUUGAUAUCAGGAACCGCUGCUGCCUGUGCCGCGGAUGGCAACUGCAUGGGCUCCCAUGUGCUCAUGCUGUGGCAGCUCUCCUCUCUUGCAGACAGAAUGUUCAUCGGUAUACUGAAAGUUGUUUCACUGUGGCAACCUACCGCAAGGCAUACUCUCAAACCAUACACCCAAUUCCAGACAAAACCCUUUGGAAAGAGAUGGCAGAUGGAUCACAGAAUGGAGGUGAUAAUGCCGUCGAGACCAUUAUAAACCCACCAAAGUCCCUCCGGCCACAAGGGCGACCAAGGAAAAGGCGAGUUCGAGCAGAAGAUCGCGGUCGAGUGAAGAGGGUAGUUCAUUGCAGCCGCUGUAAUCAGACGGGGCAUUUUAGAACAACCUGUGCAGCACCUAUAUAGAUCACCAGUAUAUUCUCUUUGACCCUGUAAAGAAAAUUUAGGUUUUCUUUAGUAUAUCGGGAGCUUCAAUCUGCAGUUUAGAUGUGUUAUGUGUUCAUAUACUUAAAAGGUAUCCACAUGAAAAUAGGAGAUGUUAUGGAAAAGUUGAAUUAAUUGUUAAGAGUUUUAAAACCAGCUUAUAGUCCC